UUCAUUGUUAGAUUCUUCCUCAAGAAAGGUAUUAUUGUCUUCGAGAAGAUUAUUGUCGAGAAAGAGUUUAAGAGUUUGUGUGUUGGUAGUAGGAGGAUUGAGGUUUUGUAUCUCAGAAGGAGGUGGUAAAAUGGGGUCUGAGAUA